AUGCCGCCCCAAAUCAAGCAGGACUUGAAUAGAUCAGGAUGGGAGAGCACAGACUUCCCCUCGGUGUGCGAAAACUGCUUACCUGAAAAUCCCUAUGUCAAGAUGCUGAAGGAAGACUAUGGUGCUGAAUGCAAAUUGUGCACAAGACCGUUUACUGUAUUCAGUUGGAACGGGGCCGACCGAGCUCAAAACCGACGAAAAAAGACCAACAUCUGCCUGACUUGCGCCCGGCUCAAGAACUGCUGCCAGAGCUGUAUGCUCGAUCUUUCCUUCGGCCUUCCCAUCGCUGUUCGAGAUGCUGCGCUCAAAAUGGUUGCACCCGGUCCACAAUCCGACAUUAACAGGGAAUACUUUGCCCAGAACAAUGAAAAGCUCAUCGAAGACGGCAAAGCAGGUAUUGAAGAGUACGAGAAAACGGAUGAAAAGGCACGAGAGCUGCUUCGUCGAUUGGCGAACAGCAAGCCCUAUUUCAGAAAAGGUCGAGCUGUCGAUGAAUCAGAACUUGUAGGGAACAGUUCCGGUGGCAGCGUUGCUACUGGUGCUGGACAAGGCGGGCCAGGUCCUGUCCGAACUCGAGAUAGUAGGGCUGCAGCUGCGGCAGGUGCCAGACCACGAGGCGGGAAAGGACGACAAGCGUUCCCUAGCGCUGCGCAACUACCUCCAAGCGAGAAGGACUGGCUUCCACCCGAUGAUACGAAUAUCAUGUCCCUAUUUAUUACCGGUGUGGAGGACGACUUGCCCGAGUUCAAGCUACGAGAGUACUUCAAGGUACAUGGAAAGAUCAAGAGCUUGGUAUGCUCGCAUAUGUCCCAUUGCGCUUUUAUCAACUACGAAACUAGAGCAGCGGCCGAAAAGGCCGCCGCCGCUUGCCAGGGCCGGGCUGUUAUUGCAGGUUGCCCAUUGCGAGUUCGAUGGGGUCAACCAAAGGCAAUCGGCACAAUGAACAAGGAGGAGAGAGGACAAAUGCUCCGUGACGCCCGGGUUGGGAUCCCCAGAAAGCCCCAACAUCGCGGCGGUAUCGAGGCCGGCUCCCACGGGGCUAGUCAAGCACUGCUUUCUCCCAGUUCUUCUGUCGCUGCUCCCCCGGGUGCUGAUGAUACCCCCAACUACGCAAGUCUUUCUGGGGACUAA